CACAGCCACACAUGCACAGCACGCAAACAGAGUGCAACCCAGGACCAAGAUAGACAACUGAGAGAGAGAGAGAGAGAGAGAGAGAGAGAGAGAGAUCCUCUUCUCUACCACUGAGUUUAGGAGAACUCUGUAGUGUGAGAAGGUUGUAUCAAGCAAAUGAUUCUGACUGAGUGGACUGCAUUUCAUACCAUGGGAAGCAUACAAGCUGAAAUAGAAGAAGAAACUAACAAACGCCACUUGUAAAGGACUACAUUUCAAACUGGAUUAUUGGACUUUCCUCUCUGUCUUUGACAUGGUGAUGUCCUAAAUUACCAGCACGUAUUGAAGUGGCUGCUUGUUCUGGACCACAGUGGACUUUGAGGGGCUUUUUCUGAGUGUGAGUGUGUGUGUGUGUGUGUGUGAGAGCAGGAUCAUGUCAAAAGGACAUUUCACUCGCCUGUUGAGGGGACUUUGGGUACUGUGGCUGUGGCAAGCUGAUCUUGUGUCGGGUAGUACGCUCUGGGAGGUACCCAUAGCCCCCUUUGGAUCUUUCUCCAACCAUACGACCAGCCUGGAAUGGGAGCCACAGUGUCAGUAUCCUCACCUGCAGGACGGCGUCAGAAUCACAGCCGACAUUCCCCCAAAACUGGAGGGCAGCUGGGUGUCAACAAGAUGUGAAGUUCGGCCUGGCCCUGAGUUCCUGACCCGUUCCUACACCUUCUACCCAAGCCGCCUGUUCAAAGCCCUGCAACACUACUACACUGACAGUGGGUGCGAAGAGCCCGCCUACUCUCUGGUGGUCCGGGGCAAGCUCCGUCUUCGCCAGGCGUCCUGGAUCACCCAGGGUGCCACCGAGACCGAGCACCACCUCCACAAAGUGGGCAUUGUCAUCCACAGCCCAGGCGCAAUGUACCAGCUGGCCGCCCGUCUACCCCCUGUGUGUGUGGGCCUCACCCUGGGCGGCAUGGUGCCCGGGCGCCUGUACGAGCUGUACAACGCCCGGGCAGGGAGGGAUUGUCUGGGUGCCUCGUGGUACUCGAUGAUGGAGCUGGGCUUGGUGAGAGUGGAGACCCAGCAUCAGCCAAAUGGAGGUCUGGUUCAGGAGCUCUUCCUUGGGGACGUGCACACAGACUGGACCCAGAGGACAUACUAUCGACCAACGGGCUACCAGCAGCCACUGCAGAACGCUAUGCACCACAUCCACCCCUGCCCGGCGUGCGCCCUGCUGUUCCGGGCCUCAGAACAGCGCCCCCCGGUGUUACCCCGUGUCCCUGCAGCAACCCCUCCAUCUUUGGACGGCCGCUGGGUGAGCCAACGCUGCGAAGCCCGGCCCGCCGUCCUCUUCCUCACCCGAGACUUCACCUUCCGCCCAGAUGAGCACUCAUGGGAAGGCCUCUACCACCACUACUCGGACCCCUCUUGCAGCCAGCCCACCUUCACCCUGCGGGCCUCGGGCCACUACGCCCAGGGAGGCCCCUCGGCCAAAGUGGCAGGAGGCACUGAGUUCGUCUUCAAGGUAACCCGGGUCAGAGUCACCGUCCUGGAAGGGGCCACGGCCAGGGUGCUCAACGAGACCAGGCGGGGCAGCUGCGGGAAGGCAGGGGGGUGGGAGGUGGGGGUGGAGCAGGACGUGACCCUCACGGAUGGGUGUACCGUCCUGGGGAUCAAGCUGCCGCACAAAGAGUACGAGCUGUUCAAGACAGAGCUGGACCAUCGACGGCGGUCUCUGCUGUUCAUCGGGGAGAGGCCGACGGAUGGCUCCAGCCCUGACCGGCCCCAGAAGAGGCCCACGUCCUACCAGGCCCCCAUGGUGCAUUGUAGCGAGGAGGACACCCCCACAUCGCAACGCCACACCAACCAGCUCAAGCUAGCAGCUAGUGGAACCAAUAACCUACCACGGCUCCCUGGCUUUGUCCUAGUACUGGUCUUUUUACUGUGGGGUUGGUACUGUGUGUUCUAGAGACAAACUGAACAUUGGAGAAGAACACACACAAACGAUGGUGGAGCUGCUCAUGGUCAAGGAAGCUCCAUGUGCUCCUCCUCAAUAUCAAGAUCAUGCCAGACCACAUAAUAGAUGGCCAAAACCAUCUUCAAGAAAACUGUACAUAGACUGUUAGUGUAUUCAUGUUGCAUAUCUAUCAUAUUAUAUAUGUGUAUCAUUUUGUUUUCUUUUAAACCAGAGAUGCCUUUUGGCCAUUGCUUAAGUCACGUAAGAGCUCCUUUCUCUAAAGAGUUAUUUUUCCUUCAAAUUACACAGUGGCAGAUUCAGACUUAGGAAAUGUACUCCUUUCCUACGUACUUCUCAGUAUUUGGUAUUCAGACUUACCUUAUUCAGUCGCGUAAUGCGCUCUGCAGGUGUGGCUAACUUGCGCGCUCCCAAUAAAUGUAAUUCAUCCAAUGAAAACCCUCCCACUUGCUGGCCAACAGAUUUUCUCGUGGAGUUUUCAUUCAAUAGGGUUUUCACAUAGAGAA